AUGACAGCGGUGGUGGAGCCGGAGGCAGACAGUCCGGAGUCCUGGAGCAGUCUCUUGACGGACGCAGUGGCCAAGUGCGGACGCGACAAUGGGCGUCGACUCUACCUGUACGGUAUUAGCUCGGACCAGUGCAUCAAGUGCCAGGCGAGACUCAAGACGGGCCACGACACGUGUGAUGGCUGCCACUAUACGCACCAGACGCUGCGUAAAUGCACGCGCUGCAGUCAGAAGAAGGAUCCGGUCAUGUGGUGUGUCGAGUGUGACGCUUAUUUCUGUGCUACGUGCCACAAGAAGCCGCACGUGCUAAUGCUAGGAAGCACCACACCGCACCACUGCUUUCCUAUUGACGGCGCCAGCGGGAAGCAUUUCGUCGACGCUGCGUGGUCCGACAAGUUUACGGCAAUGAUGGAAGCUACAUUCCGUCUACGGCUUCAUGACAAGAUGCGAGCACAAAAGGCGGCUGCUAGUGUGCCAGCGCAAACGAGCGGGCAGCAACCUCUGUCUGGCAAUGGCGCAGCAGACCCUGCAGUAACUACCGCGACGGUGUCGAAGCCGCUGCAGUGUCCUGUAGACGACUCAUCUGGAGCUCGAGCUGUGGCGAAGGUCAAUUCUGCAGCUCCAUUGGCAACUCCAGUAGUAGCAGCGCUGCCUGCAGCGGCAGGUGGGCAGACGUUGCCGAGCUCGACAUCCGACUCAACACAGACGCAGUCUCGAAAGCGCCAACUUGCAGCAUCAGACGAUAUGCGUGACAAGCCUGACACGCCAGCUUGUGCCGGGACCUUAGGUGAACGAGCAGUAGCAGCAGCAUCAAGAUCGAUACCAGCUCCAGCGCCAACGCCAACAGUGAAUGGCAGUAUGCUUGCGAAUGAUUGUGUGCAGGUAACGCGUGGUCAGCAAGCGACAGCAGCACAAUCUGACGUGCAACAAGCUCGGCCAGCAGCAAAGAUGGGUAUGGAUCAACCGCUGACUCAAAACGAGAUACAGAAACGACAGCGGCAUGGCCAAAAGGAAGGAGAACCGCAAGUGUCUGGUCGUGCACCACAACAACACCAACGAGCACAGCAUCGAGAGCCAAAGCAGUCGGAAUUGCCGCAGAACGAACAACAGCGUUCGAACGGUGAGCGUUCCGAGCGCUGGAAGACGCAACAGCUGCAGAUGGAUCAGCAAAGACGACAGGCUGUAACGCAGCAGCUGGACGAGCAGCGACGGCAACAAGAAAGGCAGAGACACGAGCAAUGCUGGCGAGACGAGCAGAACAGCCGGCGGCAGGCAGAGCAUCGGUGGCAGGAAUUGCACAAGCAUGACACACUGCGACAGCAAGGAGAACGCAGUCAUGGUGCAAUACGGCAUCAGGAAUAUCUUCAUGAACAGCGACGACAGCAGCUACUGGAAGAACGAUUGCGAAAUGACCAGAGUGCUCGUCGGCCGGGUGAGGCUUGCUCACUGACGCACGAAAGCAAUCCAUGUGUCAGCCGAGCUCAGCAUGUGCAACUUGGCCAACCAGUUGGUCGGCCAGGAUUCACCUUCAUGGUUUCGUCGAGCGUGUCUGCACCGAUGCCAGGUGCAUCGAUGGCUCCGUCAAUCGUUCCUGCACCGAAGCCUUCGACACCUCGAUUUACCCGCGUGUCAUCUCCAGCAAAUGUUGUUCCUCCUGCCCCACGCUUGGGUCCAGCUACUCCGUCGCCUCGGAGCUACCCGUUCCGUUCGAACAUCGGUGGCCCCGCAGCGAGUGCGAUUCCAUCUGUGGGAUACGACAACGGGGUGCGCCAGAGCCCCGUGCCCGCGUUUGAGACGAUUCCGCAAGACCACGGCGGCAAUCGCCAUCUCGUUGUGAGGAGCCCUAGUGUCCAGCGUCAGCAGCAGACAGGUUAUCCAGACGCAAUCGUGCCACAUCGAGCUGCGUCAGGAGCAAUGGGAGGCUUCGGUCCGAGCAAGUUUGGCGAGGAUGAUGAGCUGCGUGCGAUCUGGGUCAGCGAUUACAACAGCGUGAAUGUGUUGGUCAUGCAACUGGACUCGGAGAUUGCGGCGCGAGCAGAAGAAGGACACGCGUUUGUGCACAUGUCGAACAACAUUACAGUCCCGGAGCAGCUGAAGCAGCAGAUCAACACUCUUUGCGCGCGGCGGGACGCAGCCAUGAAGAAGCGAUUCGAGUCGGUGGUUCGUGUGUGCAUCUUCUCCGACUCGGUGCGUGCUUUUGCCGAGCAGAACGAGCACAGCAACAUGUGGAGCGACGUGCCGGAGGCGCUGAAGGCGUCACACAACAAGUGCGCCGAGCUGGGAGCCAACAUACGCGAGCUCGAGGUCCAAGCGCAAGAGCUCCGCAAAGGCGUGGAGGAGGCUGUUUCGAGUGGAGACCCCAUGCUGAUGCAGACCGUGACGGGCUUAGGCGCUCUUCUAGCCGACUGUGAGCAGAAGAUCCGCGCGUCGAGCGAAGAGCGCGACAAGCAGUUCAACUUCAUGUUCCAGUUCAGCGAAACCCUUCGGACCAUUGUGCGUGCUGAGUGGGCGACCGCAGGAAGAGGGUCGUCUCACGGCACGCGCUGA